UGACGCUUCCGUAUUUAAUCAAUUUAAUGACAAUAAUUUUUAUUUUUCUUUUACAAAAAUACUUAGAAAUGCUUUGAAGUAUUGUGCUUUAGACAUAAUUUUCAGAUGGCGGAGUGUGAAAACUGUAUAUGCUCUUAUUGCGAAUUAACUCAUAACAAUGGAUUCGCAAUAGCUAUUUGCCCAAUUUGUCACGAGGUUAACUUGUUAGAAAAUAAAUUUGGGCUUGCCGUUUGUCAUGCGUGUAAUAGUUUCUUCGAGACAAUUGUGAAACGUUCGUUCUAUCCUUUAUGUGACAGUAAGGGGACGUGCGAAGUCAAACGAGCAGACAUCAGAACAUGUGACUUCUGUCGGAUGAGUAAAUGCUAUGCACGUGGAAUGCAAUCUAAGAAAGUAAUACUGGACAAUGAUUACAAAAAAAAAUUAAGUAGAAGACUAGAAAAAAUUCCAACUUUGGCAUAUCGGCUCAGCAACUCUUGGCACUCUAUUCAGUUUCAAGAGUGUCUGUUAUUAAUGGAGCAGCAUUAUUAUCAAUGGCUUCACUUAUCCGAAGACUUUGAAAGCCUGUGUGACGCAGAAAAGGAAUUAAUAAAGAGAAAGAGUUGCAUUCGUGGAACGGCAUUACAAAUAAUUGAAAGAUCGUUGCCCGCUCACGACGUGUUAUGGUUGCAUAAUUGCUUCUUCGAUCCUGCAUCGUGUGUCGUUCCUUCCAUCAGAGCAAUAACAUUAUCCAUUCUAUCGCUUGUGAUAAAAUGCAGAGAGAUUAAUCUCUCUGACGUAGAAUUCAUGUUAAUCAAGUUGAAAUUGGCUUUAAGAAAUGAUGUUAGUGUAAGAUCUGAUGGAAUUGUGUUCGAUUUUAUUAAUGAGAGAAUAAAUUGGAUAGAAGACGAAAUGAAGCUUUAUUUAAAAUAUAAUUACAUUACUUUACGUUAUUCUGAGGACCCCUCUUUAAUUUUAACGAGUCGAUUGUUUCGUUAUCCUUUAUUGUGUUGUGACGUGUUACCAGAACAUACGAUUAAUAUUCUAAAAUGAAGUUAAUCAUCCGGAAUAGCAAAACAAUGGCCAUUAUAAGUGCAGCUUACGCAAAAUUGUAGACAAUGGUUAUGAGCAUUACAUUUAAGUUAAUUGUUUUUCAUAACUUAAGAAGCAAUUUGAGUAAUUCUGUUUAACAAUAAGAAAAUUUGAAGAUAUUCUGUAUAGAAAAUUCGGUAUGAAACGUAUGCAGCUUGCAAUUCAUGUAUUAUUUUAGUGUACAUAAUUUUCUUUCAGGUCUAUUGUCCGAAUAUGAGGAAAUGUAAUUUUAAAAUU